AGAUGCAGGUAGAUCCAGACGAGACGAACGCGCUGCUGCUGCUCGUGAGCGGUGACGGCAUCCCGUUGCUGGUUCGCUCUUACGGAGAGGUAUGUACACCACCAAGCGCUGCGGUGGGUGUUACAAGCGCGCUAUACCAUGCUGCGAGGCGCGAAAACGACGGAUCUGUCGACCUGCAGCUGCUGGCACUGGAGACCAUGCACCGCUCCAUCGUCUACGAGAUGACGCCAAUCGACUUGUUGAUGGUGUUCGCAUCCGACAAACCUUGUGGUGGCUGUCCAUCGAACGAUGCUAUGAUUAGGCAAAUGUUGCGCACAGUGUUUGAUGCCGUGGUGCUUCUCCUUGGAGAACGCAAUUUGCGCGACUGGGACGCGUCCAAGCUGCGUGCAGCCAUCGCAAAGCAAGUCGAAGUGGUAGAUACUAUUAUCACUACGUUUCACAUAGACCCACGCUUUGUUUUAGGCCGGCCUGUGCGUGAUAUCGUGGCGUAUCGACAGCUGGAUGGCAUUGAUGUUGGCAAGAGUGGCAGCUUGGUGCAAGGCGCGUGGCUCGAGAACGGAGAGCUCGUGGGCGAAUAUUUCCAGCCAAAUGGACCCAAAAUACUUGAAGCGGAAGAGCUGCUGCUUCUGACGGUACUAGGGGAGUGCGUGGGUCGGAGAGAGUGCAACUACACGCACUACAUCGGCUGCGUCCACCUCGCACGGACACAAAUAGCCACCAAGGUGGUCAUUCGAAGCAGCUCGAAGGGCCCUUUGAUCACCUUCAUUGGAAUUUUUGGUAGCCAAGCGGAGGAUGACAAAACGCUGAAGGAAAUGGCGGAUAAACUGCUGUUGUGUCGAGCAAAAGCACGCGUAAGAGAGAUCGGCAGUCCGCUGAAAAACGUACCCACCACCUUGAUCUGGUUCGUAGCUGUCAACUAAUCUUUAUCAUCGUUGUGCACUAACCUGUUCAAGGUAUAGCUCCUACGCUUCUCGUCUCGGAGACUCACCUUCUCCGUCUUGUAGAACACUAGCAUAUCUCAAUCCGGCAUGGGAGGGUGUACUUAAAGCCGAUACUAGCCUGGAAUUGACCAUGGACACCAAGCAGAUAUCAAGAAACUUCUGGUGGCGAGAACUCUGUCGAUUUGCCGCCCAUAGACAGCACGCAACUUCUUCAAACUACAAGCAAGAAGACGAGGCCCUUACGUUCUUGCAGCACGUGCGUGGCCCCAUCCAGUUCGUGUCACUGUGUAUUGGACCAGUUCCAGUAGCAAAGAUCGUGGCGCUUGGAGACGCUCUAGCUGAAGCCAUGCUCAAUAUUCAAUGAAAGAACUGAUAGUGCAUUUUGAUAUUAAGGAGGAGGCUGCCAUUGGCUUCACAAAGCUCAC